AUGACGUCAACAGCCAGUCCAACACAAGCAAAACCCGAAAAGAAGUCGACCGAUCCGAUUUUGAGCAUUAAUUUCAAUCAGGACGCAAAGUAUUGAUUUUUUUUUUGCUUCAUAAUACAGUAGUCUUUUUAAAGGUUCAUAUCGGUCGGUCAUCAGGAGGGCUACAUGUUCUACAAGACGCUGGAUAUUUUGGACAGCUCCAAUUUGCAUUAUGAGGGCGAAAAUGCGUCGAGUAAGCGGUUUUGGGGGCGGAAAAUUGAUGAAAAUGAGCUGAAAAACAUGAAUUUUGACUGAAAAUUGGUCUUGAAGCGAAAAAUCAUAAAUUUUCGCUCCAGGAGCCCUUCUAGACUCAAAAUUUGUGAUUUUUCAGUUCUGGAACGGAAAAUAACUAAAUUUUUCGCUCCAAAACCUGAAAAUUGAUAUUUUCGGUUCGGAGAAGGUCCUAAUACGAAAAAUCACAAAAUUUCGUUUAAAAAUCAUAGAUUUUCACUCUGGAGAGGGUCCCGAAGCGAAAAAUCAUGUUUUUUUUGCUCCAGGAGUCCUUCUAGACCUGAAAAACCUUAAAAACCAUGAUUUUUCACUUAAAAAUGCUCCCCGAGCCCAAAAAUCCCCGAUUUUCAGCACCAUUUGGCAACGAAUGCGUCAUUUUGGAGCGUCUCUUUUCAUCCGCUUUGAUGGUUGUGGUCUCGCAACGCGAACCACGUGUCAUGCACAUUUACAAUAUUACUAACAAGAAGAUUAUUUGCGAUCACAAGUUUACACAGUCGAUUUUGAGUGUUCGAAUUAAUCGCGAGGUGGGAAAUCGUUUCGAGAUCCGCAAUGCGCCUUUAAAAUCGAUUUUUGGUUAAAGGAACAUGUUCAUCGUCUCGAGACCCACAUUUUCAUACUAAAUGAGCCUUUAAAAUCCAAGAGGGCUUUAAAGGGUCUCGACACGAUGAACAUGUUCCUUUAAACAAAAAUUGCUUUUAAAGGCGCAUUUAGUAUCGAAAUGUGGGUCUCGAAGCGGAGAACAUGUUCCUUUAACCCAAAAACCCCUAUGUCCCUUUAAAACCCGAUUUUCCAGAGAAUCGUCGUUUGCUUAGAAGACUGCAUCUACAUCUACAGUCUCAACGACAUGAAAAUGAUGCACAACAUCCAGGACACGCCGCCAAAUCCGAAUGGAUUGAUCGAUUUGUCGACCAAUACCGGCGAGUCGUUGUUGGCCUAUCCGGGAAGUACCGAAAAUGGAGCGGUACGUGGGGGGUUUUGGGCUGAAAAUGAGCUGAAAAAUGAGAUUUUUGAGGAAAUUUGACUCAGAAACGUGUUUUUGAGCUAAAAAUCAUGAUUUUUGAGCGAAAAUGACCCGGAGAUCAUUUUUGGAACCAAAAGUUGGUUGGGAGAGCGCAUUUGCUUCAUUUUGAGCUAAAAAUCAUGAAUUUUGAGCAAAUUUGACCUGGGAGAUCAUUUUUAGCGCCGAAAGUUGUUCAAUGGAGCACAUUUGCUCUGUUUUGAGCUGAAAAUGACCCAGGAACGUGGUUUUUGGCCUAAAAUUUAGCAAUGGGGCGCAUUUUCUCAACUACGGUGAUUUUUAGCGCCAAAAGUUGUGCGAUAGAGCGAAUUUGCUCAUUUUUACUCAAAAAUCGUCAAUUUUUCACUAAAAUCAUCGGAUUUUCACUGAAAAUCUCAAUUUUUCACCAAAAAUGCAGAUUUUUGGCUGAAAAAAUCCCAAAAUUUAAUUUCAGGUGCACAUUUUCGAUGCCAAAAGUCUCUCCUCAGUCAACACAUUCGUGGCUCAUGACGGAAGCCUGGCAGCGCUGAAAUUCAAUUUGGCUGGAACAAUGUUGGCCACAGCAAGCACAAAAGGAACUGUGAUUCGUGUCUAUUCGAUUCCUGCCGGCACUAGAUUGUUCGAAUUUCGAAGAGGAAUGUCGAGGUGAGCAAAAUUUUUGCGGGUUUUUCGAGCCCGAAUAAGCCUGGGCCUGAAAAUUUGGGAUUUUUUGAGCCCAAAUAAGCCCGGGCUUGAAAUUUCUGAUGUUUUUAAGCCUAAAUAAGCCUAGGCCUGAAAAUUUGGGGUUUUUUGAGCCCAAAUAAGCCCGGGCUUGAAAUUUCUGAUGUUUUUAGGCCUAGGCCUAUUUAGACUCAAAAAAUCCCAAAUUUUCAGGCCUAGGCUUGUUUAGACUCAAAAAAUCCCAAAUUUUCAGGCCUAGGCUUGUUUAGACUCAAAAAAUCCGAAAUUUCCAGGCCUAGGCUUGUUCGGGCUCAAAAAAUCCCAUUUUUUCGCGCCAAUUUCAAAAAUUCAAAUUUUCUUUCAGAUGUGUCACAAUCUACUCAUUGGCUUUCUCAUCAGAUUCGGCCUAUUUGUGCUCCUCCUCAAACACCGAAACAAUUCACGUCUUCAAAUUGGACAAAACUGAAGAAGUCGAGAAGAAACCGUGAGUUUUUGGCGGGAAAUUUGAAUUUUUGAUGAAAAAUAAGCCAGAAAUCGUGAUUUUCGAUGAAUUUUGACCUAGAAAUCGAUUUUCGCGCGAAAAUUUCGACCUACAGUACUCCAAAUCGUUCCAAGACCUAAAUUUCGAUAGAAAUCACGUUUUUUGGGUCCUGAAACGAUUUUUGAGGGUACUGUAGGUGAUUUUUGGCGGGAAAUUUGAAUUCUUGAUCAAGAAAUGAGAAAAACUUGAACCUACAGUACUCCAAAUCCUUGCAGGACCCAAAUUUCGAUAGAAAUCACUUUUUUGGGUCCUGAAACGAUUUUUGAGGGUACUGUAGGUGAUUAUUGGCGGGAAAUUUGAAUUUUCGGUCAAGAACUGACCAAAAACUCGAAUUUCGCGCCGAAAAUGCUAAUUACAGUACUCCAAAUCGUUGCAGGACCCAAAUCUCCGUAAAAAUCACAGAUUCUCGGUCCCGAAACGAUUUUUGAGUGUACUGUAGAUGAUUUUUGGCGGGAAAUUUGAAUUUUUUCCUAUUUUUACUUGAAAAUGUUCAUUUUUCAUCAAAUUUUAUAAUUUUUCCAUCAAAAAUCCCCAAUUUUUGCAGAGAAGAAGUGCCAGAAGCGGCCGGAUGGUUCGAUGUCAUAAAUCGUACCGUAUCGGCCUAUAUGCCAACCCAAGUCACCGAUUUAAUGACAACUGAGAGAAGUUUUGCCACCGCCCGUUUGCCGGGUGUCACAAAACGAAAUGUCGUGUCGAUUAUCACGUGAGUUUUGAAAAAUGAUGAAUUUUGAGCUAAAAAUUGAAAUUUUGGGUGAAAAAUGAUGAAUUUUGACCCAAAAUUUUAAAUUUUCAUGAAAAUUUGAGUUACAAAAUUCAAAUUUUCAACAUUUCGCGCCAAAUUUUGAUAUCUACAGUAACCCUAACCAUAUUUAGUAUUAAAAUUCAUCAUUUUUCGCGCCAAAACCCGAUUUCUUACAGUAAUCUCAAUCAAAAUUAUGUGAUGGUAGCAACUUCCGAUGGUUUCGUCUUCACUUAUCGAUUGGACCCAAAUGGCGGUGAAUUGGAUCUGGUAAAACAGCACAAAAUCGGGCCGAAUGCCGAGGGAACUUGUCGAGGACCAAUGAGUCCAGGUGGUGGAACUGAUGCUUCGAGUAAGCGAUUUUUUGACUGAAAAUUCGAGAUUUUUGACUGAAAAUGACCUAAAAUUCAUGAAUUUUGAAGAAAAAUGAAUAUUUUGGGCCCUGGAGCGAAAAUGAGUACUGUAGGUAAAUUUUUAGCGGAAAAUUUGAAUUUUUGCGCCACAAAUCACCUACAGUACUCCUAGACCUUGAAAAUUCAAAUUUCCCGCCAAUUAUUAUCUACAGUACCCUCUCAUCUCGCUCCAGGACCCGAAAAAGUCGAUUCUUUCAAUUUGUUGGGUCUUGAAACGAUCUGGAGUACUGUAGAUCAAACUUUAGCACCAAAAAUCGUCUACAGUACCCGCAGAUCGUUUCGAGACCCUAUUAGCCUUUUACCAAUCGGUGCACCUCGCUCUAUCGCACUCGCCAUGGAAGAGAAAAGUUUUUUUUCGCGUCCUAGGAGCCGACACACUCGGCCAUAUUUUUUGUUUUUGUUUUUCUUUUUUUCGAAACGUUUUUCGUUUGUUUCUGGACGAGUUUGCAUUGAAUCAAGCUCCAAAAUGUUGAUAUUUCGCUGGAAAGUGAUAUUUGAAGGUAAGACUAAGUUUUUCUAUGAAUUUUAGUUGGGUUUUUCCAGGAAUUCGGCCAUUUUUGACGGAAAAAGGAAAUUCGAGGAUUUUUGCCGAUUUCGCGAGUUUUCAGCAACAAUUGGAUGAAUUUCAAUUGAUAUUUUUGAUUGGUGGAUAAAAGGAAUGAGGGGAUUGCACAAAAGAAGGAAAAUAAUGGCAAUUGAAAAGCAAAUUCGCAAGGAAUUGUGAGAACAAGGAACAGAUCUGGCGUUUGGACUGGUCGAUUGAAAAACGAAAAUUCGAAUUUCAGUUGUAACACACAAUUGGUGGAUGAAGGGAUUCGAGAAGAUUGGAAGAAAAUAAAUAUGCGAAGUUGAGAUGAAUUUGAUGGAAGAUGAAAAUCGAAGAGAAUCGGCAAGAAAUAAAAGAAAAUUGCGACAAUGCAUUUUGAGCAUUAAUUAGCAGAUUCAAUGAGGUUGCGAGAAGACAAUUUUCGAUUGCAUACAAUUGCAAAAGUUCCGACAUUAUGAUGAAGACAUUUGAGAAGACCAUAUGAAGGAUUUGCUAUUUUUCUGUCGAGGUGGUGGAAUUUUGGUUCGAAAACGUCGUUUUUGUAUAAUUUUCUGUUUGAAAUUGAUUAAAAAAACAGAAGUUUCGCUUUUUGUCUCGUGUUUUCUCUAAUUUUUUUUAUAAAUAAAGCUCUGAUUGUGAGAUUUUCAAAAUCAUGUGGUUUUCUUUCCGGAUUCUCCAGGUGAGUCGUUGAAAUCGGUUUUUUUGACAAGAAUUGUUGAAUAAAAUAAUAUUUAUCGUUGUAUUUUCUUUACUCGUUUCAUUUGAACAAAUUUCAGUGAAUUUCUAAGGAAAAAUCUAGCGAAUUCGCUCUCGCCAGCUUUUUUUGAAAAUUAAAAAAAAGAAAAAUAAUUCGAGUUUGAACUCGUGCGCCUUUUUUGGUGCGUCGCGUGCGAUGCGGAGCGUGUUUGUUCGAUAGAGCGAGAUGCACCGACGUAUGAAAGGCUAAUAGAAACUUGAUUUUUCGCUGUUUUUUGGUCCUGGAGCGAAAAUUAGUACUGUAGAUUGAAUUUAAACGCCAAAAAAUCCGAUUUUUCAAAAAUUUCGCAAAAAAAUUGGUCUCGGAGCGAAAAUGACUACUGUAGGGAAGAUUUUCGCGCCAAAAAUCCUAGAAAACUAGAUUUUCCGCACCAAGACCCAAUUUUCGCGCCAAAAUUUUGAAUUUCAAAUUUUUUUCUGCAGAACUCCACAAUCAAGUGCCAAAUGUCGAUGACGUCGAAGAUUUUCCACCAAUGAGCCAUCCAAUUGGCUAA